ACAAUGCAAAAGAUGAAAUGUCAUGGGAUGAUGUUGAAGAGGAAGACGGUGAAGAUAAAAGUGAUAGUGAAUUUGAUGAACCAGAAAGAUAUGAGGUUGAAAGUGUGAUUUCACACGAUUGUGCCAUUCUCCUUGAUUCAUUUUACAAAGUAGCCAAAGAUACUGAACCUGAAACAAGUACACCUACAGGUGUUCCGACUGACGAUGAUUUCAAACAAAAAUUAUUGGAAGCUCAUCAAUCUAGUAUGCAUUUAAAUAUCGAACUUUAUGAUAAGCUUAUCCUAAAACGUGGUAUUAAGGAUACUGGUGACAUUGGUCCAAAAAUUGAAAAUGUUCCUAUGGUUUCUUUUGGCGGGCUAACCAGACAGAAUAGUACUAGUUCUAGUAAUUCUAGAGCUCUCUAUGAUGAUCUUUCUGGAGUCAAAUCAACGGUGGCCAUUUAUGAUGCGUUAAA